AUGGAUGACUCCAUUUUCAUCUAUCAAAGCAAGUAUGCCAAGAAGAUAGUGAAGAAGUUUUGGAUGGAGAAUGCAAGGCAUAAGAGGACACAUGCUCCUACUCAUAUGAAUUUAUCAAAGGAUAAAUAUGGUGUCGUUGUUGAUCAAAGUUUAUACAGAAGUAUGAUUGGAAGCUUGUUAUAUCUUACAUCUAGCCGACCUGAUAUCACAUUUGCUGUAAAUGUAUGUGCAAGGUAUCAAGCUGAUCCAAAAACCAGUCACAUCAAUCAAGUGAAAAUAAUUUUUAAGUACAUCAAUGGUACAAGUGACUACAUAAUGUUAUACUCUCAUGGUUCAGGUUCUAUGCUUGUAGGGUAUUGUGAUGCAGAUUGGGCUGGUAGUGCGGAUGAUAGAAAAAGCACGUUUGGUGGAUGUUUCUUUUUGGGAAACAAUAUCAUUUCUUGGUUUAGUAAGAAGCAAAAAUGUGUCUCGCUGUCUACUGCUGAAGUUGAGCAUAUUAUAGUUGAAAGUAGCUGUUCACAACUCAUGUGGAUGAAACAAAUGUUGAAGGAAUAA